AUGUCUGGUCGUGGCAAGGGUGGUAAGGGUCUCGGCAAGGGUGGCGCCAAGCGUCACCGCAAGAUUUUGCGUGACAACAUUCAGGGUAUCACCAAGCCCGCUAUCCGCCGUCUCGCUCGUCGUGGUGGUGUCAAGCGUAUCUCUGCCAUGAUCUACGAGGAGACCCGUGGUGUUCUCAAGACCUUCCUUGAGGGUGUCAUUCGUGACGCUGUCACUUACACUGAGCACGCCAAGCGCAAGACUGUCACUUCUCUUGACGUUGUCUACGCUCUCAAGCGCCAGGGCCGUACCCUCUACGGUUUCGGUGGUUAA